UCUCGUGUAGUUGCAAUUUGCCAAAGUUUAUUUUGAGUUUCAGCGCUAUGAUUCGAAGGCAAGCACGUUUAAGGCGAGAAUUCUUGCUGGAAAAAGCAGAAAGAAGCCGCAUUGAAAAAAAAACUUCGAAAAACAAAAAACUAGAAUUAUUGAAGGGAAGUGUGGCAAAUAAUCCUUUGUAUUCGGCUUCCACAAAACAGAAGCAAAUUAAAUACGGCGAUGUGGUUGAAGCUGAUGACGAGUACAGAUAUGCUGGUUCUUAUAGUCCAAAAAUUAUGAUAACAACAUCGCAUGAUCCAUCUGCAAAGCUAAAAAUGUUUGUAAAGGAAUUGAGGUUGAUCUUUCCAAACGCGCAACGAAUGAAUAGAGGCAAGAACGAUUUGAAACAAUUAACGCGGGUGUGCUGUGCUAAUGAUGUGACAGACAUUAUAGUGGUCCAUGAGCACAGAGGAAUACCGGAUAACAUCGUUAUUAGUCACUUACCAAACGGUCCUACAGCGUUUUUCAACGUUUCAGAUGUUGUCAUGCGCCAUGAUGUACCUUUUAUUGGCACUAUGAGUGAACAAAAUCCGCACUUAAUCUUUCAUAAUUUCAAAAGUAAAGUAGGAGAGCGGGUGACGAAUAUACUGAAGCAUCUCUUUCCCACUCCCAAAACAGAUUCUAAGAGAGUUAUAACAUUUGCUAACCAUGAUGAUUAUAUAUCGUUUCGUCAUCACACAUAUAAAUACGAAAAAGAUGGAUUAGAGCUGACAGAAGUAGGCCCACGGUUUCAACUUAAAUUAUAUCAAAUUAAAUUGGGAAAAUUAGAUGAAAUACAAGCGUCCGAUACCGAGUGGGUACUAAGACCUUACUUGAAUACAGCUGUUAAGAAUAAAGUUUUAUCGAAUGAAAGCGGUUGGGAUGGCGAUUAAAUAAAACAUUUUUUAUGCA